GAAGGAGCAAAGGAGAGAGUGGGGGGAGCUGGUGGUACCACAGAAAGGGAAGCUCCGGCACAGGAAAACACUUAUCCAGUUGUCUACUUGGGCCACAGAGUGAAAACUAAAGAAGCUCCAGAGAAGCAGCAGGUCGCACUUACAAUUAGCCGUGAGCAAGUGUGGAAAUGGCAUCGGUAGGAAUGGAGAUCCUGGGUCUGUCGCUGAGCACCCUGGGCUGGGUGGGGGUGAUCCUGGCAUGCGGGCUCCCCAUGUGGCAAGUGUCAGCCUUCAUAGAGAAUAACAUCGUGGUGGCGCAGAUUAUCUGGGAAGGUCUGUGGAUGACUUGCGUGGUGCAAAGUACGGGGCAGAUGCAGUGCAAAGUCUACGACUCCAUCCUCGCCCUUAGCCCUGAGCUCCAGGCUGGCAGAGCCCUCACUGUACUGGCCUCUAUGGUGGGGCUCAUUGGGCUACUGGUCACCGUGGUGGGCGCUAAGUGCACCAACUGCCUGCAUGGGAGCAGCGUGAAGGGCCGGGUGCUGCUCGCCGGGGGGAUCAUCUACAUUCUGUGCGGGAUCCUGGUGCUCAUCCCGCUCUGCUGGAUCGCCAAUAUCAUCAUUACCGAGUUCUACGACCCUCGGGUGCCGGCCCCCCAAAAGCGAGAGAUGGGGGCCGCUUUGUAUGUAGGAUGGGCGGCCACUUCCCUGCUCAUGCUUGGGGGCUCCCUCCUGUGCGGCUCGUUCGCUAUGAAAGAUGGAAUCAGCAACCUGCCCGUCAAGUACUCCGCGCCCCGCAUGCCCACCUCUAACGGGGACUAUGACAAAAAGAACUAUGUGUAAUAGGGGAGGGGUCGCAGGGAACACGAGAUCUUACCCACUGCUGGACUGUGACCUGUACAUACAGUAAAUUGGCUCUUCCCUCCGGCAGUAACUUCCCCCGUGCGGGUUCAGACACUUACCGACCUGGUGAGCAGCUUCUUCUGUCAACUGGUACCCAGUCAGCUGUGUUCCAUGGACUUGCCAGCGACCCCGUCCGGUUGGGUUCAUUUCAGAUGACCAGCAAUGUAAAAAAAAAAAAAAAA